AUUCUCUACCAACAAAAAUCUAGAGUGGCAUUUCGGCAGUUUGCGCUGCUCCUCAGACAGACACCGUGAAACACAGUGCCCAAAGGAGUCAGUAAGGAUAGACUACAAUGUAGUACUUACUAGUAUUAUCUCCUUGAAGCAACUACAAUCUCUUCCAACUCUGAAGAAAGUAAAUUGCAGAACUUUUCCCGCGAAAACACUUUAGUAGUAGUAGUAGUAGUAGUAGUAGUAGUAGUAGCAUUGUUAAUACUUCAUUCAUAUGAGCGAGAAGAAGAAUAAGAAGUGAAAAAUGGAGUCACUGAAAUCCUCCUUCCUCUGCAACACCCAACUCCUCACAACCCACUUCACCUCCUCCCCGUUCUCUUCAAAACCCAAAAUCCGAAUUCAGUCGUCGGUCACCCCAGACCCCUGGUCUCUCAGCGAUGGCAAACCCAACAGACCCAAACCCAAGUCCAAGAACCCCAAGAACCCACUCUCCGACCACAACGCCCGCCGACUUAUCAAGGCCAAGGCCAAGUACCUCAGCGCCUUGCGCAGGAACCAAGGCCCCCAAGCGCAGACCCCUAAGUGGAUCAAGAGGACACCCGAGCAAAUGGUCAAGUACCUUGAGGACGAUAAGAAUGGACACCUCUAUGGUAGGCACGUGGUGUCUGCUAUUAGGCAGGUGAGGGGGCUGUCUAGGUUGCCAGAGGGUGCGUACGACAUGAGAACUGUGAUGGGUUCUUACGUUGGGAAGCUCAGCUUUAGAGAGAUGUGUGUGGUAUUGAAGGAGCAAAAAGGUUGGAGACAGGUCAGGGACUUCUUCGCUUGGAUGAAAUUGCAGUUAAGCUAUCAACCAAGCGUGAUUGUCUAUACAAUUGUUUUGCGCCUAUAUGGGCAAGUUGGGAAGGUCAAGCUGGCCGAGAACACCUUCUUGGAGAUGCUUGAAGCUGGAUGUGAACCGGAUGAAGUUGCCUGCGGUACCAUGCUGUGUACGUAUGCCAGAUGGGGUCGUCACAAAGCUAUGCUUUCAUUUUAUUCUGCUGUAGAGGAAAGGGGAAUAAUACUCUCUGUUGCAGUUUUCAAUUUCAUGUUGUCCUCAUUGCAGAAGAAAUCUCUCCACGGAAAGGUCAUAGAAAUAUGGAAGCAGAUGGUAAAACAACGAGUGGUGCCUAAUAAUUUUACUUACACCAUAGUCAUUGGCUCUCUUGCCAAAGAAGGUUAUUAUGAGGAGGCUCUCAAGAAUUUUGACGAGAUGAAGAAUCUUGGGCUUGUUCCUGAGGAAGUAACUUAUAGCCUUUUAAUCAGUUUAAGCGUCAAAAGUGGUAACUGGGGUGAAGCACUAAGAUUAUACGAAGACAUGAGAGCUUGUGGAAUAGUUCCGAGUAACUAUACCUGUGCUUCACUUCUGACAUUGUAUUACAAGACCGGUGACUUUUCUAAGGCCCUUUCUCUCUUUUCAGAAAUGGAAAGCAAUAACAUUGCAGCGGAUGAAGUUAUCUAUGGUUUGCUCAUUAGAAUAUAUGGAAAACUUGGUCUUUAUGAGGAUGCCCAGAAAGCAUUUGAAGAGACUGAGCAGCUGGGCAUACUUAGUGAUGAGAAGACAUACUUAGCAAUGGCACAAGUCCAUCUCAAAUCAGGGAAUUUUAAGAAAGCUUUAGAAGUUAUAGAACUAAUGAGGUCUAGAAACAUUUGGUUCUCAAGAUUUGCUUAUAUUGUCUUGUUACAGUGUUAUGUUAUGAAACAAGAUCUUAGCUCCGCUGAAGCAACAUUUCAGGCUCUGUCCAAGACUGGACUCCCUGAUGCUGGUUCUUGCAAUGAUAUGCUCAAUUUAUAUGUAGGACUGGACUUGAUGGAAAGCGCCAAAGGUUUUAUUUUCCAGAUAAGGAAAGAUCGGGUAGAAAUUGAUGAGGAGCUUUGCAAGAAUGUUAUUAGAGUAUUUUGCAAGGAGGGAAUGAUAAGAGAUGCCGAGCAGUUGAUAAAAGACAUGGCUACUAAUGUACUCUUCAAGGAUAAUAGAUUCAUCCAAACAACAUUUAGGGCCAUGGAUUUGCAUGGGGGAGAUGAGCAACUUGUGGCCAUUGACCAACCUGACACUUUGGCUCUCGGACUUGUUAUUAAUCUGUAUAUGGCAGGUGGAAAUUUCAAAAAGACAGAAAACAUUCUAGCAAUGUUAAUUGAAAAUGCUAAUGGCUUAUCAAUUGCUAGCCAUAUUAUCAAUAACUUCAUUGGAGAAGGUGAUGCAUUUAAAGCCAAAACUCUCAUAGAACAGUUGAUCAAGUUAGGAUGCAAAUUGGAUGGUGCCAUAAUUGCUCCUUUGAUUAGUUUAUAUGGGAAGCAAAAAAAGCCGGAAGAGGCCCACGAAGUGUUUUUGGCAUUUGCUGAUUCUCCAGCAUCUGAGAAGUUGUUUAAUUCGGUGCUUGAUGCAUUUGUCAAAUGUGGUAAACCAGAGGAGGCUUACUUUCUUUACAAACAGGGUAUUCAAAAAGGGCUUGGUCUAGGUGCUGUUGCCAUCAGCAUCAUUGUGAAUGCUUUGGCUAAUGGUGGCAAACAUCAAGGAGCAGAGAACGUCAUCCGUAGAAGUCUUGAAGACGGCAUGGAGCUUGAUACUGUGGCAUACAAUACCUUUAUCAAGGCCAUGCUGGAUGCAGGUAGAUUACAUUUUGCAUCCAGCAUCUACGAACGCAUGCUUUCCCUGGGGGUUGCUCCAUCAAUUCAGACAUAUAACACCAUGAUCAGUGUGUAUGGACGAGGUCGAAAACUGGAUAAGGCUGUAGAGAUCUUCAGUGCUGCUCGCGACUUGGGUGUGUCUCUGGAUGAGAAGGCAUACAUGAAUCUGAUAAGCUAUUAUGGGAAAGCUGGUAAAAGGCAUGAAGCAUCCCUCCUAUUCUCUGAAAUGCUGGAAAAAGGAAUAAAACCUGGAAUGGUCAGCUACAAUAUUAUGAUGAAUGUAUAUGCUACUGGAGGACUUUAUCGAGAAGCAGAGGAACUUUUCAAGGCCAUGCAGAGAGAUUGUUGCUCACCUGACUCUUUCACAUACCUCUCCCUAGUUCGAGUUUACACAGAGAGUCUAAAGUACUCUAAAGCAGAGGAAACUAUCAGUUCUAUGAAGGAAAAUGGUAUUUACCCUUCUUGUGCUCAUUUUAACCUCCUAAUCUCUGCUUUUGCAAAAGUGGGGCUGAUAGUGGAAGCAGAAAGGAUUUAUAAAGAACUAGUUGCAACUGGUUUAGAUCCUGACGUGGCAUGUAAUCAGACUAUGCUAAGAGGUUAUAUGGAGUAUGGACUCGUGGAAGAAGGCAUAAACUUCUUUGAACAAAUAAAUGAGUCUCUAGAGGCGGACAGGUUUAUAAUGAGCGCAGUUGUGCAUUUAUAUAGGUCUGCAGGAAAGGAAGUAAAAGCUAUUAAUGUUUUGGAUUCAAUGAGCAGUUUGGGAAUUUCAUUUCUGGAGAACCUUGAAGUUGGAUCAAAGCUAAAAGUCCUUUAAUUAUCUUAUACCUAAUUCUGUAAGGUGAUGAUAAAGAGAUGGCAAGAGGACAAAGGGUAAAGAGAUCCCAAGUAAACGAUGAUGCUGAAUAUUGCUAUUUUUAUUCUGACUAAGUGCCAGAUAGUCGUAUACAAGCAAUAAAACCACGCUAUUGCUAGAGCUUCUUUGAUUUAGUGGGAAAGAGGUCCGUGGGAAACAAAACUUGUUUACGAGAUGUCAGACUAUAUAUUAUCCAAAGAGACUGAUGACAAACACAUAUUAGCAAGUAAGUAUAACUGCAAAUGUUUGUCUUCACUGGAAGGAAGACAUGAAGAAUGGUGGCCAAAGAAUUCUAACAUAAUCUCUGCAUUUUAAUAUUCUGAACAUGUGAUGCAGUGGAAAAUGAGAUUGCAUUUUCAAAAUGGUUUGGCUCCAGUGAGGAUUGGAUCAGAACUCGCAAGAUAUUUGAGCCAGAUAUUUCUUUGAUCUUGAUAAGUGCAGUUUCGACUUGAAUAGGUGAAUGUAAUAUCCUUUAGCUUGUGAUAUGGUGGAAAAUGAGUGCUUUUUUCAGACGAUUGGCACGGGUCAGAAUUAGAUCAGGAUAAUUAUUGAUACUU